UCAACCCGGCAGUCUAAACGCACCGGUUUGACAGAAGGAAGAGGAACAAACAGCAGGCCCAGUUUGACAGACGAUGGUAAACACCGAAUCAACCGUAGCAGCGCCGUGCGUGCGAGAGCGGGACGGCCCAUUCUGCGAACGUUUAUCGCAGCAGAAGGACCAGCAGUGGCAGCAGUAAGCGAGCGAGCGAUCGAGCGACCGUCGACUCGACGAACUGCACUUGUUCUGUGUGUGUUUAUACCAUCGUUAGGAGUGCGUAGAGUAGGUUGGUGUUUGCCGUCCGCUGUUCGCCGUUUUGCCCGUCGUCACACGCACGGGAAAUUAUUAGUUGUGUUCGCGGGUGUGAGUGUGUCUGUGUGUGCGGGUGCUGCUGCUUCUUCGUGACAUAUUACGCUGGGGCAGUGCAUCGGCGUGCGUCGGAAGAUAAUAGAUACACACACACAGUCGCAACACACAACACCGACCGGGAAAUGAUCGACCGUGCGAUCACUAACACGCUGUGAGAAAGAGUGAGAGAGCGAGUGAGUGCAAUGUAGUGUGUGUUUGUGUGAGUGCGACGUAUUGAAGCAACGAAAAGCAGAGGAAGAAGUGAAGAAAAACGAGAGAAAAAACGAGCAGGAAGAAGCAAAAUAGUAAUAAUAGAUGAUUGUGUACAGCCGCUGCUCCUGCUAGGGCAUUGUGGUGGGCAAAUUAACGAAGGGAAGGGAAGCGAUCCUAUCACAUCUUCCCCACCCGCCGCGGUGGACGGCCGCGAUCGCUGGUCCGGUUUGUUUUUUGCAGCGAAAAACAGUGUUAACGAUCGCUUCCUUUGUUGUUGCUGUUGUUGGCGGUGUGCGUGUUUUUGCGCAAAAGAAAACAACAAAAAAGUCGUGUGUUGUGUGCGUGCGUGAGUAGUGUGUGAAAAGCCGCAGCCAGUGCCAGUGCCAGUGUAUUGUUUGAUAAGCAAACGGGUGGUGUUGAUCGUUUAACAGAAGAAAGCAAAGAAAAAAAAACACGGUCCGCGGGCGGGGGGCGACACCCGGCGGCGGUCGUCACACUAAUGUUUCGCCGCCGACGACGUCGUUGGGGCGAGAUCGUGUCGUAGGAUCGCGGAAAACCACGCGGCAAUAUAGUAUCCUUCCUUUAAGUGUACGCGCGCGUGUGUGUGUGUGUGCGUGUUUGGUUGUUGCAAGUGAGCAGCAGCAGGGUGUGCAAUCCUUCACGCGAUCACGAUUGGAGCACUCGUGGCCAAACGGCGUCGCCGCGUACUGCUGCCCGGCAAGGAGGAGAGCUGCGUUACGAUGAACAAGCUGGAGUACUCGCGGCGCAAUGGCACGCAAAAGAUUCGAAUUACCAUUAUGGGCGCCCGUAAUCUGGCCCGGAAGGAGAUGUUCCGACUGCCCGAUCCGUUCGCCAAAAUUCUCGUGGAAGGCACGACCCAGGAGUACACGACGGAGAUCUGCAAAGCGUCGCUGGACCCGCGCUGGAACUCGCACUACGAUCUGUUCCUCGGCAAGAACGAUAGCAUCCUCAUCACCAUCUACAACCACCGGAAGAUGCCGAAGCGGCAAGCCUUCCUGGGCUGUGUGCGGAUAGCCGCGUCCAGCAUCCAGCUGCUCCGCGAUACGGGUUAUCAACGGCUCGAUCUGGUGAAACGGUCGCAGGAUGAUCCGGAUCCGGUCAAGGGACAGAUCAUUGUGUCGCUACUGUCGCGGGACAGUGCGACCGGCGGUACGCCGCUGGCAAUCGUCAGCCCGGCUGGGGACGUGCGCGUCCCGGAGGAUGACGAUGCCGCGGACGAGUCAAUGAUAGUCGAGCAGCCGCAGCAACAGCAACAGCAGCAGCCGCCGCCACAGCAGCACCAACUGCCCCGGGGCUGGGAGGAACGGUCGGCACAGAAUGGGCGUACGUACUACGUGAACCACUACACCAAGACGACCCAGUGGUCGCGGCCAACGGAACCGGCUGGUCCGCCCGUUCGCCAGUCGGGUAACAACAAUGCGGCGAACAGCAGCACACCCCUCACCGUCAACGGGACCGUUAAUGGUGGAGGCGUUCCACACCAGCAGCAGCAGCAGCACAUUCUCGGCAGUCCAACGAGCGCCACGAACGGUGUCGGCGAAGAGUCCGGCUGCCCCACGAUACCGGCCGGUCCGUCCAAGUCCGCCACCAAUCACAGCAUCAAUAGUAUUCAGUCGAACGAUUCGGGCAGCCGGCGGCACUCCGCCGAGAUACUGGUCAGCUCGAACAAUAAGGAAAACUGCAUCCAGCAGCACCCGUCGUCGCAGCAGCAGCAUCAUAACGGGAAGGAGCAGCGAACGGGAAAGGAUGUGGAAAACGGUGGCAGGGGUGAUGCGUUGGUGAAUGGCAAUGCGGGUGGUGGUGGUGGUGGUGGUACACCCGCUCACAAUCGGCACCGGAAUGAGGCGAAAAGCCCCGUCCGCAUACAGGACGAAUCGCUGCUGAUCACACCGAGCUCGUCGAAUACGAGUCCGCUGAGCGAAAUCAAUAGCCCGAUAACGUCGCCCAAGCAGCAGCAGCAGCAGCAGGAUGUGUCUCCGCGCUCUGGAAAUGGCGGACGGGAACCGCAACAAGUGUCCGGUAUGACGAAUGCCAUCGGGACGCUCUCGAUCGAUGCACCGCCCGCCCGGUCCGGCACGAACGCAACGAGCGGCGGCGGUGGUGGCGGACAGCAGUGUGUGGUGAUGGUGAACGGUUCCGGUGCGGGUGUUACGAACUACAGCAGCCCGAACCAUCAGCAUCAGCGCAGCACGGGUGAUGCAGGACAGCCUGCUGGUCAUCCGGCAGCGGCAAAACCGACGGUGCCUUCCUACUUGCCGCUGAGUACGAGCAAUGGCACCACGAAUGGGACUGCUGGCACCACGGGCAGCGCGAACUCGUCGCCCCACAAUGGCGUCAGCAAUCACAGCAGCAGCGCUUCCGCUCCCGACACUGUCGGUGGUGGUGGUGGUGGAGGAGGAGGCGGAGGUGGUGGAGGAGGACGAUCACAGCACCAUCAUGGGACACCAACCACCGGCGGAGAGACUGGUGGCCAUCGGGAAGGGUCGGCGUCACGGUACCAUCGCACCCGAUCGGGAAGGCACGCGGAAGAGCCGGGCCGGCGGCGCACUUCCCGCGACAGGCCACCGCGGCCACUAAUGGGUGGUGGAAGUAUGGCUCCACCUCCAAACGCCCGGCCCGCUCUAGUGCCCUUCAUCCGACCGGCGGUCGAUCUUCCCCAUGGUUAUGAAAUUCGCACCACGCAACAGGGGCAGGUGUACUUCUACCACAUACCGACGAAGCAGUCCACCUGGCACGAUCCGCGGAUACCGCGCGAUUUCGACACGCAAAACCUAACGACGGAAACGCUCGGCCCGCUGCCGCACGGCUGGGAGCAGCGCAAAACGGCAUCCGGGCGGGUGUACUUCGUCGACCACAACAACCGUACGACCCAGUUCACCGACCCGCGGAUAAACAUGCACAUCCUGCAGAUGAUCCGGCGGCAGAACAGUGUGGCCGCUGCGGCGGCGGCGGCUGCUGCUGCCACCGGUGGCGGCGGCGUCGCAACGAACGGCUGCUCGUCCUCUCCACUGUCCGGUGCGGGACCGCAGGUUCCGAACGGUACCGGGGCGGCCGGCAGCGGUUCGAGCCGGUAUGCCGCCGCUGCCCUAGCCGAAGCGGUCAACCCAAUCGCCAAUGGUGACAUGCUGCACGGACCGAGAGGAGGCAGUGCAAUAGCGGCAACCGGCAGCAGCACCACCACCACCAACCAUGUGACCAACAACAUUCCCGAUCUGCCGCAGGGCCUGAUGGACAGUGCCGAUCUGCUGCCCAAGUACCGGAGCGAUCUGGUCGGCAAGAUACGGGCGCUCCGGCAGGAGCUGCAGCUGCUGCAGCCCCAGUCCGGCCACUGCCGGUUGGAGGUGUCUCGAAAUGAAAUUUUUGAGGAGAGCUAUAGACUGAUCAUGAAGAUGCGUCCCAAAGAUAUGCGCAAACGGUUGAUGGUAAAGUUCAAGGGCGAGGAGGGCCUGGACUAUGGUGGUGUCGCCCGCGAAUGGUUGUAUCUGCUGUCGCACGAAAUGCUCAACCCACAGUACGGGCUGUUCCAGUACAGCCGGGACGAUCACUACUCGCUGCAGAUUAAUCCCGAUUCGUCCAUUAAUCCGGAACAUUUGUCGUACUUUCACUUUGUCGGGCGCAUUCUCGGCAUUGCGGUGUUCCACAAUCACGUGCUGGAUGGGGGCUUCACGCUGCCGUUCUACAAGCAGCUGCUCAACAAACCGAUCACGCUGUCCGACAUCGAGGACGUCGAUCCGGAUCUGCAUCGUAGUUUAACAUGGAUACUGGAAAACAACAUAACGGGCAUUAUCGAUUCAACGUUCAGCGUGGAAAACAACAGCUUCGGCGUGCUGAAGGUGCACGAGCUGAAACCGAACGGGGCCUCCAUCGCGGUGACCGAGGACAACAAGCGCGAGUACGUGAAGCUGUACGUCAACUAUCGGUUUAUGCGCGGUAUCGAACAGCAGUUUUUAGCUCUCUCGAAAGGAUUCGGCGAACUAAUCCUUAGCCAUCUGUUGCGACCGUUUGACGAGCGCGAGCUGGAGCUGCUGAUCAGCGGCAUUAGCAAGAUCGACGUGAACGACUGGAAGGCGAACACGCGGCUCAAGCAGUGUACGGCCGACACACCCCAGAUCGUGUGGUUCUGGCAGGUUAGUAGUACUGAUUUGCAGCUCUCGACGAGAAAAGAUCGCUUGCAUGUAUUUAACUGGCUUCCCUUUGCUUCCCGUUUUUUCCCGCAGAUCGUGGAAUCGUACUCGCCGGAAAUGCGCGCCCAGCUGCUCCAGUUCGUGACCGGCUCGUGCCGCGUACCGCUCCAGGGCUUCCGGGCCCUCCAGGGCUCGACCGGUGCGGUCGGUCCGCGGCUCUUUACCAUCCACCUGACCGCGGACGUACCGCUGCAGAAUCUGCCGAAAGCGCACACCUGCUUUAACCGGCUCGACCUACCAAUGUACGACUCGUACCAGCUGAUGUACGACAAAUUGACGCAGGCCGUCGAAGAGACGUGCGGGUUCGCUGUCGAGUAGUGUGGGGGAAGAAGUUUUUUUUUUGUUCGAAAAAAAAAGUGUAUCAUGCUACGGGUGUUUUUUUUUAUUUAAAUGAUGCUGCUUGGAAGGGGAAACGUUUUUUUUGUUUUUAGAACUUUCUUGUUCUUGUCCACCACCUCCCUCCGGGUUGGUGGGAAGUGGGAAGUGCAAACACACGCUCGAAUGUGUUUGCUGUGAGUUUGAGUUGGAAUUAUGCCCGUUGCCGAUCCACGUGGUUCGCUCAACGCAGUAAAAACGAAACGAAACGGACUGAAUUGUUUUCCUUUCGGGGGUGCUUCGAGUGGAUUCGAACCCAGUUGGUGGCAGUGGUAUGAAAGGAAAAUUAAUUUACCGUCUAUUAAUUGUGUAUAAGGUCCCUGCGAGCCUAUUACUUCUUUUGUGUUCAGUUCAGUCAAGGCAAACAGUUACAGUCAGUGUGAAUUACAAUUGGUUCGGUUUUGGAGAGGGAAGGGAAAAAUAAAUGAAUUGCCUCUAAAGUUAUUACAAGUAAACACAGAAGAGGGAGUAGAAGAAGAACUAGUAAAAAAGCAAUGAUAGAAAAGUGGAUAAAUUUUUGUAUUUGAAAAAAAAAACAAUCAAACAAAACAAAGAAAAGCGUUCAAUUAUGUAGAAUUGCACGUGAUCGAUGAAAAACGAGAAAUUGGAAUGUUACAAUGUCGAAAGAGAGAGAAAGCAGGGGAAAGCAGUAGUGGGGCAGGAGAGAAUGCAAAAAUAACGAGUGAUAUAAUUAUACACGUAUAAAUAUAUAUAAAUAUAACUAUAAAUAUGUAACUGUAAAUGUUAUAAAUUGUAUAAAAAAAAGUAUAACAAAACAAACACAGCAAGAGAGCAACAGAAAGAGAAAGAGCAAUUAGCAAAGAAGAAGAGGGUAUGUGAAAAUGUGUGUAUGUAUGUAUGUAUUUGUAUUGUAUGUAACGAUGAAGAAUCCCCAGAACAGGAAAAAAGAGAAAAGGAAGAGAGGACAGAGAGAGCAUUGGCAAGAUAUGUUAGAGUAGUUAAAAAAACCAACCGAAACACUACUCUCACCCUUUCCAAUCCGAUCGUAGGUCGGGCGGGAUUUUAAAACGUGUCGAGAGGGAGGGGGUCUUGUUUUUAUCCGCAGACGUUGUGCUUCAAGCUUUAAUGUUAGAAUUUUUGGUGAGAUUAGACAAAGGAAAAAGGUAACCAAACAAACUACACCUUGUGGAAUGCUACCAACCUCCCUCCCCCCCGGGGUAGAUGUGAGAAUGGGACUGCGGUGUUUGGAAAAGGAAAAAAAAGAAGCAUGAUAAUGAUUGUAUUGCCAUGAAAGAUUUGAAUACACAUAUCGAACCCACUCGGGGGGGGGCACACUGGGUGAAAAGAGACACCCCGCUGGCGGCUGCCGCCUGGGUUGCAUGAAGUUGUUUAUUUAUUUUUUUGUUUCAAUUUAUUAUUUUUGUUCAUCCUAUCUAUAUUCCAACAAAUCAGCGAGCUUUUCAGCUCAGCUCAGCGAGGAACUCUGCGAGGAGGGAAUACGCAAACAUCUCCCUGCCCUCCCAAAAAUAUAUGCCAUUAUUUGUUGUUACAGUGUAAAUAUAUUGGUACAGAGCGAGAGAGAGAGAGCAUUAGGCAGACGUUAGUUAGGUGUGUAUCAGAACAUCGAAUCACCGUUAUCAAACGUAUAGCAUUACACAACACAUACAGACCGAACUCAUUUAUUAAGAGCAUGCUAGCAUUUAGCUGUAGAGAACACUCCUGUCUUGCCUUUCCCGUGUUUUUUUUUCGAGGCAAUCGAUCGCGCCUCUCAGAUCAUGUGGUAGUUGUUACACUUUUCGAAUCCAAGUCCAAUUUUAGCACACGUCUUUGCUGUUCGUAAAAGUGCUCAAACAACCUACCUAAAAGGGUGUGUGUUCAUAGGUAGAAGUACCCAACUCGGAGAAACACUAAAUCAAUAAAUAGCAAUUGCAAAUCAAACUAUGAAACAGUCUCUGUAGGGUGAAGGAAAUCAGCAAUCAAAUUUUAAAACCUUACUAGCGAAACAAACGAUUCAUAAAACAGUUCAAACACAAUAAUCGUAAAUACAGAAAACAAUUUUGAAACGAAAGCGAAUAGCAUAGGUAACAAAACAGGUAUUUAACGGAUGCAUAAUAACAUGAUAUAGCGCAAACAAUAGUGAACAAAAACCAGCAAAAAGGGAUAGAACUAAAAAAUCAAAACAAAAUAAUAAUAAAAACACCACAACUAAAGAGCAGUUCGAGAUGGUCUGGUAGUUAGUGAGGAAAAGAAAUAAACGAAUUACGCAAAAAAAAAAAAACAAAUAAGUUCCCACAAACAUAGUAAUCAAACUCCAAAUCGGAAAACAUUAGCUAAUCAAAUGUGUAAAAGAAAGGUGAAGUAAAAAGAAACGAAUUAAUCCAUUUUUAUAUAGACAAAACGAUGAGUGCUGCGAUGGUGGAGAGUGCGCGUUAUAGCUAGCUAAAGAAUAAUAAGGUUUACACACGGGGAGGGGUUUCGUUUUGUGUUCGUCGAACCGUUUUCCUUCCCACGUCCUUCCCAAAUUUCGCGGUUUCGUUUGCGAGUUCCGGUUGUCAUUCGGAAUUUUAAAAAAAUGAAAAAAAACUAUCGAAUAGAAAAGGAUGGGAAAAACACCUCCAAGCGCUGCACUGAACCGUUCAACAAUUGGCAUUUGGGGCUUCACACGAUCGGGGACCGAUCAAUGAUCAUAUCAUUCGAUGUAAUGUAUGGCCGUGAGAAAAAAACAAAAGAAAAACAAUCGUCCCACUCCCUUUUCGUUUGCGAACAACGGUAGGAUUAGGACGGAGGGUUGAGGCAAAAGAGAACUUCACAACAACAUGACAAUAGCAUGCAAAAAAGGGUGCGAUAAGAUGGGGGAGAAUGGCAGGAAAGUGAUGAGAUGGUGGAAGUAGUAGGGAAGGAGGGAGUGUAUAUUAUUUGUAUAAUAAAAAACAAACAAAUCGUGGUUAUUCAGUUCAAAGUAAA